AUGCCGCGGCAGGCCUACACCGCGUGCCCUGACAUUCAGCUCGUCGACGAUGUCAAAGCCAUAGGCGCUGCCAUGGACACAGACGUGGAUCUCGGCAAGGGUGAAGGGUGCGAGACUAUCCCGGGUUGCUCUGGCUACUCGAGCAUGGUGCACAGUAAGAAAGUCAUUAAGCAUGCUUUACGACAGCAAGCCAAACGGCGCAGGAAGAACACUACGAUAGCGGCGGGUAAUUCCCGCACGUUGCCCAGGAUCGUUGUCAAACCGCUACCGCCACCACCUCCAAAUGAUCCACCAUCCCCAGUUAAUAAUGUGCAACACAUCAACACCGCAGCGGAAGAACCUGCUGCCACAAUGAGAGAAGUUUUGGCUAGUUUACCUGGAUUUAGCUUGAAGUCAAGUCGUAGACGAUCUACAAAGAGACUGUCUGCAACUGCGCAAUUAGAAGCUGGUCUUGUGGAUUUAGAAUCUCCAGCGAGUAUAUUAGCAAGUACGAGCUUACGCGCGCUAUUAAAUAGGCAUACAUUUCAAGGCUUGCCUCCACUGUAUCAACGGAAGCUUGCACAACUCUUACCUGCUGUAGAUAGACAGGAUGCUGCUAUCUCUGGACUGAACAAUGAAUUUUUUGCGAGAGCUUGUUUGGAAUGGCGAAAACGUUUAGCAGAAGGAGAAUUCACUCCAGAAAAUCAGCAACGCCUGAAGAUGGAAGCAGAACGAGAUAAAAACAAGCUAGAUCCAUGGAAAGUGAAACAUUUUGAACCAAUAUGGGGAGAAAAGCGAGAGCCUAAACUUAAAUCGAAUCUCCACUAUAUUAAUGAUUCACGUUCUAGUGGUGCUGUAACACGGUCAAGUUUAAGACUUCGUUUGGAAUCUAGCGUGGAUAUUCCUACUAUGGAUAUUCCUACUGUGGAUAUUCCUGCUGUGGAUAUUCCUACCGUAGAUAUCCCUAAUGUGGUUAUUCCUAGCGUAGAUAUUCCUACAUCGGAACAUACUGUCUGUCCCAUUGUAAUGACAGAAGAUAAAGUCGAUACUGGCUGCAAGACCGAAAUAAAGAAUACUGAUAAUCUAGUUAAUUCUGAAGAAAUGCAACAAAAUUUAAUGUCCUUGGGUUAUAAUACAUUGUCAGUGACUGAUGAGAAACAUUUAAAUAACUCUGUGCAAGUAAAUUCCAUGGAAGUCACAGAAGAUAUUCAAAUGCAUGAAGAUAAAAUACAAGAAGCUGACAAGAUUACAGAUAUUUGUGAGAAACAAGAGUUGGUUGAGGCUAGUGAUAUUGCGAGGCAAUUAUGUCAGGAAGUCAUCUCAAAUGUGUACGAGGAAGAAACAAAUUUUUCCACCAGUGAGAAAAAUUUACCAAUUGUAGAAAAUAAUGUAAUCGAAGCAUCAGAAGAAGACACUGUGCUAUUACCUGAUGAUAAUUCAUCGCCCAGAUCAAGUGAACAGAUAGAACGUGCAUCACAUACAUCCGGAGAAUCAAUUUCGCAGCUAUCCAGUGAAUAUAUAUCGCAAGCAUCCAUAGAUCAAAUUUCUCAGAUGUCAAAAGAACAGAUUUCACAAAUAUCUAACGAUCAGAUUUAUCAAAUAUCGGAUUGUGAAACCACGAGUAUCCUUGAAAGUUCAUCGCCACAGGAUCAAGUUAGGCCUGCGGAUAUUGUUAUAGAGGAUACCAGUUUGAUUAACAGUGAUCAAACUGAAGUAACACAGACUUCCCAUGAAAAUACGGCAGACAGCGAAUCACAAAUUCCAGAAGGAAUGGAAAUUGAUAGUGAAACUUUACAGCGUAUUCAUGAACUUGAGGUACGAGGUGAAAUGCGGGAAAUGUAUGAAGAAAUUUCGGGAUGUCCAGAAGAGAUAAUAUAUCCUAUUCUUGAGGGAAUGGAAAUGGCUUCAACUAAUUCAGAAGUAACCGAACCUCAAGUAACUGGACAAACUGAAGAUGCUACGGGAACGGAUGUAAACGUUGGUAACGAGGAUGAAGCUUUGCGAGAGGCAAAUAAUUAUGUCUGUUCUGAAAUGUUAGAAUGUAGUUGGACAGUGGAUCCAACUGUUAAUAAUAUCAAUAAUAAUAACAGGACGCAAGAAGAACUACAGGUACCUUGGCCUUUAGUGGCAGCUGCUCUCGAUGGAUCUGUAGCGGCUAAUAUCACGGUAACGACGCAAGAUGAAUGCAGCGAAACUUCCACUACGACCGAUUCUACAACUUCUUCGCAACAGUUUAUUAACGCGGAUGCCAAUGUGGAAUCUGUUAACUGUAUUCAAUUACCAGUUGUUCAAGGAACCACAUUUCAAUCAGACUUAGCUAUCAAUACACCGGGCAACAAUUGCGUUAUGAAGAAUUUACAGUCGCAAAGUCCGCCAAUUAUCGCGUUUCCACAAUUGCAAUCUAUUAGAUUUGUGCAAACGAAUUUUAAUUCGGAACAAGAGACAUCUUCACUGGCAAAUAAUUCUACUAUUUCGACCCAACUUCAGCCCCAACAGAAUAACACUUCACAAGUUAACAUGAUACGAACGCAGGAUCCCAUUACUCAAAUAAAUACUCAAAAUAAUAGUGCACGUGGUAACGUGAAUCAGAACACUAUUGCGACGCAAGGUCAAGUACAAAAUACUCUCCCUACGGUGGGAGUACAAUCUCAGAAUCGAGCACAAAAUGCAAUUGUUAUUCAACAUCAGACUGCUACUUCUGUUCAAUCUCGACAAAUUGCAGCUGUGCAUCAACAACAGCAGCAGCAGCAGCAACAAACACAACAGCAGCAACAGACACAACAGCAGCAGCAGACACAACAACAAUAUCCUGGACCAUCACUAACCGUUUCGUCACGACCUUCGCGUGUAUCUAAUCAAGGCAGCCAAAGAGGUUCUAGAAAUAGUAAUAAAGAACAAGGAAGUAGAUCGAGAAGUUCCACCAAAGAGCCUCCGGGUGCUGUCAAUUUGGAGCGCAGUUAUCAGAUAUGUCAAGCGGUCAUACAAAGUUCACCAAAUAGAGAUCAACUGAAGGCCCAUUUAAAACCACCGCCAAGUUUACUUGCUAGAGGAGAUGGUGCAUUUACAACCAGCAAAUCUGGAGGUCGCACCUUGACGUCGGUUAAACCCCAAAAAACGCAGCAAACGAUACAACAUAAUAAACAAACUCAAAAUAAGACACAAGCAGUUAUGCUGAGACAUGUAUUUGCAACGGCGCGUCAAGCUGCAUCAACAGAGGUUACAGAAAGCACUCCUAUAGCGCAGCUUGGUUCCACCACCAGUAACGGUCUCGGGCAAUAUAUACUUGUACAAAGGACAGGAGUUGGAGACAGUGCACCGAGAGCAUCAUCCGCACCUCCAUUACCGCCGCAGAUCGCAGGAAUGGGCGUUGGGGUUCAUUUAGUGCGAGGAAGACCAGCCAGCGCCGGGGAGGGUUCCCAUCAGGCUGUCACCUUGAAAGCGAGAGGCGCGGACAGCAGAGUGACAGGCGGAGCGGAACCUGGUGCACCCGGCAUGAUAAUCGGCGGCGAUCCGCCACCUCCGUGUGAAUGUAAUAUGCGAGGAGCCAUGGUAAUUUGUCGGCAGUGUGGUGCCUUCUGCCACGAUGAUUGUAUCGGGCCUCAACGUAUCUGUGCUACCUGCCUCAUACGUUAA